CAAAGCUCCUUUGGUUUUUCAGCAGCCUCCUUUUAAAGUCCUUAGCUUCCACCUUGCGCCAAAUUUAGCGGCGAUUUCUCCAAUCUCCAAUUUCCUUCAUAAAAAUCAGCUAAUAAAAAAAAAUCCCUCGCCAUUUCUCUACCUUCCUCUUCCGUUACACGUUUUCGUUUCCUCUCUUAUCUCUCUCAUUUUUAGCAAAUGGCUCAAGUGGUGGCCACUAGAUCGAUCCACGGCUCAUUCUUGAGCCAGGGCACUGGAUCCGUUCAAGAGCGAGCUGUCAAGCUUAAGCCUGCGAGCUUCGGUUCUAAAGUGCUGGCACAUGACGGGAAGAAGAACAAGAGAGUCUUGCUCGGGAAGAACUCUCGGAUUACCGCUAGGAGAGCCGUACGCGCCGAACCUGAAGUUAUUCCCGUAUCGCCGGAGGAUGUGCCUGAGAUGGAGGAGCAAUAUGAGCAAUUAAGGGGGAUUCAGCAAGUAGGUGACACAUCGGUGGCUAUGUGGUCCAAACCUGUUGUUAGACGUAAAACGAAGAUUGUUUGCACUAUUGGUCCUUCAACAAACACAAGAGAAAUGAUAUGGAAAUUGGCCGAGACUGGAAUGAAUGUUGCUCGUUUGAAUAUGUCUCAUGGAGACCAUGCAUCUCAUCAGAAAGUUAUUGAUUUAGUGAAGGAAUAUAAUGCACAAUCCAAAGACAACACCAUUGCAAUCAUGCUUGACACCAAGGGUCCUGAGGUUAGGAGUGGCGACUUGCCUCAACCAGUUACAUUAACAACUGGGCAGGAAUUCACUUUUACAAUUCGGAGAGGGGUUGGGACACCUGAUUGUGUCAGUGUCAACUAUGAUGAUUUUGUUAAUGAUGUAGAAGUGGGUGACAUGCUUCUUGUUGAUGGUGGUAUGAUGUCAUUAGUGGUGAAGUCUAAGACAGAGGAUUCAGUGAAGUGUGAAGUAGUUGAUGGUGGUGAGCUCAAGUCUAGGAGGCAUUUAAAUGUCCGAGGAAAAAGUGCUACACUGCCUUCUAUUACUGAAAAGGACUGGGAUGACAUAAAAUUUGGAGUAGACAACAAAGUUGACUUUUAUGCUGUUUCGUUUGUUAAAGAUGCUCAGGUUGUUCAUGAGUUGAAGAAUUAUCUGCAGAGUUGUGAUGCUGACAUUCAUGUUAUCGUUAAAAUUGAAAGUGCAGACUCUAUUCCAAAUUUGCAUUCAAUUAUAACAGCAUCGGAUGGGGCAAUGGUUGCAAGAGGAGAUCUUGGUGCAGAGCUUCCUAUCGAGGAGGUUCCUUUGUUGCAGGAAGAGAUAAUUAGAACAUGUCGAAGCAUGGGGAAAGCUGUUAUUGUGGCAACCAAUAUGCUUGAAAGCAUGAUUGUUCAUCCAACACCAACUAGAGCAGAGGUAUCUGACAUUGCCAUUGCUGUUCGAGAGGGUGCUGAUGCUGUCAUGCUUUCUGGAGAAACAGCUCAUGGAAAGUUCCCAUUGAAAGCUGUUAAAGUGAUGCAUACAGUUGCUCUACGAACUGAAGCAACCAUAUCUGGUGGUGAAAUGCCACCAAAUCUCGGUCAAGCUUUUAAGAACCAUAUGAGUGAGAUGUUUGCAUAUCAUGCAACUAUGAUGUCAAACACUCUUGGAAUCUCCACUGUUGUCUUCACUAGAACUGGCUUCAUGGCUAUAUUACUUAGCCAUUAUCGUCCUUCUGGCACUAUUUUUGCCUUCACUAACGAGAAAAGGAUACAACAAAGAUUGGCUUUGUAUCAAGGAGUAUGCCCUAUAUACAUGGAGUUCUCUGAUGAUGCCGAGGAAACCUUUAAGAAUGCUUUAGAAUUACUGCAGAAGCAAGGAAUGGUGAAGAAGGGAGAAGAGGUGGCACUUGUUCAAAGUGGCAGACAGCCCAUCUGGCGAUUCCAGUCCACUCACAACAUUCAGGUCUGCAAAGUGUAAGAGGCUGAAGAUUAAUGGGAGAGAAUCCAUUCGACUGAUUAUCUUCUUCGUGCAAAUUAUUAGUAUUUCAAGCGAUCGCGGCGAAGAAGAGCAUUCGAGUUAGGUUUUUUUGUAGCUUUCCUUCAGGUCAUAUGAUUAAUAGGACCCUUUUGUUUUAGCCUGUAUUGUCUUAUUUAUUCUGGGUUUUGCACUUUUUUGUUUGCUUUGAGAUUUCCUGGUAUGGUUUUUCACCUGCAAAGUUUGAAACUUGUUAUCCAAAUAAAAUAACUUAGAAACAAACAUGAAAUGAUACAAACUAGUUCAAUCCAUUAAA